AUGUGCACGGGGAAGUGUUCCCGCUGUGUGGGGCUCUCUCUAAUAUCUCUUUCCCUAGUCUGUAUUGUGGCCAAUGCUCUCCUAUUGGUGCCUGAUGGGAAGACCUGGAGCACUAACCAACUCAGCUUGCAAGUCUUGCUCAUGGCCGGCUUCAUCGGCGGGGGAUUGAUGGUGCUGUGUCCAGGAAUCGCUGCGGUUCGGGCAGGGGGCAAGGGCUGUUGUGGAACAGGCUGCUGCGGAAAUCGCUGCAGGAUGCUGCGUUCUAUCUUCUCCUCAGCCAUUGGAAUGCUUGGUGCCAUCUACUGCCUUGGCGUUUCAGGAGCUGGCCUCCAAACUGGACCCAAAUGCUUAGUGGAUGACAAGUGGGACUACCAUUUCCAAGAAACCGGAGGCGCUUACUUGUUCAACCGUACUCAAUGGUAUUUGUGCGAGGAGCCACCCAACGUGGUUCUCUGGAAUUUGUCGCUUUUCUCGUUGCUGGUGGUUGUCUCGUGUCUGGAGAUCGUGCUGUGUGGCAUACAGCUGGUGAACGCUACUGUUGGUGUCAUUUGUGGCGAUUGCAGGAAAAAGAGCUCAGCUCACUGA